AUGUCUACUAAUUUAGACGAUGAUGAUACGCCUCCAGAGCUGGUGGACGUCUCUGUGAUGCCGUCUGACCAGCCUGGGCCUAUAGAGGAGGAGUCAACACUUCGAGUUCCUAUCACGCUAGUUACAGGAUACCUUGGAGCUGGUAAAACAACUUUGUUGAACUAUAUUUUGACGGAGGAACAUGGAAAGAAGAUUGCUGUGAUUAUGAAUGAAUUUGGUGACUCCUCGGACAUUGAGAAACCUUUGACAGUUAACCAGGGCGGCCAGGAAGUCACCGAGUGGAUGGAAGUCGCAAACGGCUGCAUCUGCUGCUCAGUCAAAGACACUGGUGUAAUGGCCCUGGAGUCCCUCAUGGAACGCAGGGGUACAUUCGACUAUAUCCUGCUAGAAACCACCGGACUCGCAGACCCAGGCAAUAUCGCCCCGGUCUUCUGGAUGGACGAGGGGCUAGGCAGCUCCAUCUAUCUCGACGGCAUCGUCACACUCGUCGACGCAAAGAAUAUCCUACAUCUACUGGAUGAGCCCGCACCGGAAGAACAAGCAGGCUCUCACAGCGAGGACCAUGAUCACGGCUCCGGGCCUGUGCUAUCCAUGGCACAUAUGCAAGUUUCACAUGCAGAUGUUAUUAUCCUCAACAAGGUUGAUCUUGUUACGCCCGAGGAGUUGGAAGCCGUACGAGACCGGAUCUCGGCUAUUAAUGGCGUAGCUAAGAUUCAUGUUACGGAUCAUAGUCGGACGCCGCAGAUUGAAGGGGUUGUGUUGGAUUUGCAUGCCUAUGAUCAUCUGGAUGAUUUGGAUUUUAGUAAGAAGGGGCAUAGUCAUAUUGAUCCGGCUAUUUCAACUAUUGCAGUGGUGACACCUCCAAUCCCUGCGGAGAGGGUGCCACAAGUCGACUCAUGGCUACAGUCUGUCCUGUGGGAAUCAACGCUACCAGCGCCAGCCGAUUCAUCACCUGAUACUCACCCGACGAAUUUUGAGAUUCAUCGCCUAAAAGGUAUUUUACGACUUGAAGAUGGUUCAAGUAGGAUCAUCCAAGCAGUUCGCGAUGUUUUCGAAAUUAGGGAUUCCGAGCCUACGCAGACCGACGAUGACAAGCCAUCUCCCGUCCAGUGCAAGAUCGUACUGAUCGGCCGAGGGUUAGGGCCGACUGUAGAUCCUUGGAGGAAUAGCUUCGAGUCAUUUGUUCGUGGGAGGUGA